AUGUUUACGAGGUUCGCGACUAUUGCUUCCAUUUCGGCGACAAGUGCAGUAUCAGGAAGUCACCUGAAUCCAGCGGUGUCUUUGGCAUUUGGCUUGUCCAGGAAGAUGUAUUGGGGCCGUGUCUGGACGUACGUUUUCCUGCAGAUCACGGCUGGCGUGGCGGCCUGUGGUGCGGUGCGAGUGAUCAUGCAGAAGGAGCUCCCGGAAAUCGAGCCAAAGUCCGAUUACAACCUCGCCGAUGCUGGCCUCGUUGAGGGCAUCUACAGUGCCAUGUACUGCCUGGUCGCUCUCAACUGCAUCGCAUCUCUGGAGAACAACCCCAGAGGUUUCAGGAAUCAGUCCUUUGCCGUUGCAAUUGGCUUGGUCCUGAUUGCUGGUGGCCCUCCUUGCAGUGAGGUAUCGGGAGGGCUCCUGAAUCCGGCCAUUACGGUUGGCUUUUGCAUCUUCGGAGGCCAAGGCCAUCAUGCCGUUCGCACUUUGAUUCUGGCCGCCGCGCAGGCUGCCGGUGCGGUGGGAGCCGCAGUUCUUUUCUUCUUGGUCAGACCAGAGGAGCUGGCAGCCCUUGGCAUUAACGUUGGCGAAGGACUAAGUUGCCAUCGAAUCUGCAGUGCCAUUGGAGCCUUGAACUUCUGCAGCCGCCGGCGCAGUCAAGCAGACGAGGAUAGCCACUCCGAAGACGAGGGCGAUGUGCACACUCGGCCUGCCCAAAAGGCUCGCUCUCCUUGGGCGGCCAGAAUAAUCAGUGAACUCGUUGGUACAUACUUGGUCGUGCUCACCUUCGGUCUUUGUGCAGUGGCCACAAACCGAGCACAAGCCGAGACCAGUGGUAAGGCGAUGCUGCAAUCGAUGGUGCCGAGACCAAACACCACCGCUACCGCAAGCGACACAGCACAGGACUGGCAUACGCAGCACUUCCAAAUUAAAUGA